GAUGCUCUGAUAUACUGUAUUACUUAAUUUUAUAGUCUGUUUUUGUAACAUACUUUUAAUUGUAAUUUUAUAACCAAACACACAACACUCGAAGAUUAUAUAAAUAUGAUGCAGGAGCUUUGGUUACGAGGACAAAGAUAAUCGAUCCGACCCCGCAGCGCUAGGAGAGGAGAGGUCUGGUUAACUUGCUGCAGAAAAGAAUCCCCCAGAGCAGUGACAAGCGCAAUAUAUUGUCAGACUUCUUCAAGAAGCUUCAUCUCCAGCAGUGACUUCAUCCUCAAAGAUGAAGUUGAAGGAGGAUAUGAACCCCCUGCUUCUGCAGGUCUUCCGCUCUGUGGUCUGGGUCUACUCUGUCAUCACCUUCAUACCCUGGUACUUCUUCUCUGGAGCUGGCUCCAACUUGGAGCGGGCUCGCCGGAUUAAGGCACGCUCAGUUAGCAGACACCCAGCAGGGCCUUACAGGGCCAUCAACAGCCAAGAGAAGCUGGUGGCUUGGCUGCACCCCGGGGUGGACACGCUGGAUAAGAUGUUUGAAUACGCUGCCAGGAGGUUUCCACAGAGAGACUGUCUGGGCACCAGGGAGGUUCUCAGUGAGGAGGAUGAGCUGCAGCCCAACGGCAAGGUCUUCAAGAAGGUAAUUCUGGGGAACUAUAACUGGCUGUCAUAUGAGGAAGCCUACCAGGCAGCAAAGUCUUUCGGCAGCGGUCUGGCAGCUCUUGGCCAGAGGCCUCAGUGUAACAUCGCCAUCUUCUGUGAGACCCGAGCUGAGUGGAUCGUGGCAGCACAGUCCUGCUUCAUGUACAAUUUUCCACUCGUCACACUGUACGCCACUCUUGGACCCGCGGCCAUUGCCCACGGCCUGAACGAGACCGAGGUCACGCACAUCAUCACAAGCAAAGACCUGCUGCAGAGCCGUCUCAGGGCCAUACUGUGUGAUGUUCCGAGGCUGCAGUAUGUCAUCGUAGUUGACACCAAGCCCACAAGCUGGUCAGACAUUCCCAGAGGCAUCACCAUCUACAACAUGGACACUGUGAAGGAUAUGGGAUCCACGCCUGACAACAUCGCAGUCGACCGCACACAUCCAGAGCCCUCGGACAUCGCUGUCAUCAUGUACACCAGCGGCUCCACGGGCAUCCCCAAGGGUGUAAUGAUCUCCCAUGGCAACAUCAUUGCUGGCAUCACUGGCAUGGCUGAGCGGAUCCCUGACCUCAAUGAAACAGACACCUACAUUGGCUACCUACCGUUGGCUCACGUUUUAGAGCUCAGUGCUGAACUGGUGUGCGUCUCUCACGGCUGUCGCAUCGGAUACUCCUCCCCUCAGACUCUAGCCGACCAGUCUACCAAAAUAAAAAAGGGCAGUAAAGGAGAUACCAGUGUGUUGAAACCUACUCUCAUGGCUGCUGUACCAGAGAUCAUGGAUCGAAUCUAUAAGAAUGUGAUGACUAAAGUGGAGGAGAUGAGCAAAUUCCAGAAGACACUCUUUGUGCUGGCUUACAACUACAAGAUGGAGCAGAUCUCCAAAGGCUACAGCACGCCUCUCUGUGACAGUCUGGUGUUCAAACGGGUGCGCUCGCUGUUGGGAGGGAACACACGGGUGCUGCUUUCUGGCGGAGCGCCUCUCUCGGCCGCCACGCAACACUUCAUGAAUAUCUGUCUGUGCUGCCCCGUGGGGCAGGGCUACGGUCUGACGGAGACGUGUGGAGCAGGCACCAUCAGUGAGGUUUGGGACUACAGCACAGGACGGGUUGGCGCUCCGCUUGUUUGCUCGGAAAUCAUGCUCAAGGACUGGGAGGAGGGUGGUUACUACAGCACAGACAAGCCCAACCCACGGGGGGAAAUUUUGAUCGGCGGGCCCAACGUAACGAUGGGUUACUACAAAAACGAAGGCAAGAACCGGGAGGACUUUUAUGUGGAUCAGAAGGGUCAGAGAUGGUUCUGCACCGGGGACAUCGGGGAGUUCCACUCUGAUGGAUGCCUCAAGAUCAUCGAUCGUAAGAAGGAUCUGGUGAAGUUGCAGGCAGGAGAGUACGUCUCAUUAGGAAAAGUGGAGGCUGUUUUGAAGAACUGCUCGCUUAUUGACAACAUCUGUGCCUAUGCCAAUAGUGACCAGUCAUACGUGAUCAGCUUUGUGGUGCCUAACCACAGACAGCUAAUGGCGCUGGCGGAGCAGAGGCAGGUGAGGGGCACAUGGGAGGAUAUCUGUAACAACUCCCAGAUGGAGAAAGAGGUCCUCCGCAUCAUUACUGAGGCUGCUAUCUCAGCAAAACUGGAGCGAUUUGAGAUCCCCAAGAAAAUCCGGCUGAGUGCUGAACCCUGGACUCCAGAGACCGGCUUGGUCACUGACGCAUUCAAACUGAAACGCAAGGAGCUCAAAACACACUACCAAGAGGACAUUGAGAGGCUGUACGGUGGCAAAUAACACAUAGAAACACUUCAGAAAACACAUAAACAUACACUCGUAUAUACUUGCACACAUACACAAGGAGCUCAGAAGCCACUACCAGGACUACUUGGAGAGGAGUUACACUAAAGAUACAGGUGACACACAUGCAUUAAUACAGACACACAAAGCAACCCAUGCGCCUCCUCCUCGGCUUCCCCGCAACCAGGUUCGAUCAAAGAAGGGGAGAAAAAAACACACUCCUGAAUCCAGCUUAAUGCUCUCUGUCAAGACCAAAAGGCAGAAGGUCCCUUACGGACAACUGAACCAGGCAGGAACGUGGCGGUGGUGGUCUGAUGCACUCACCGUUCUUCUUUGAUGCGUUUUAGCCCUUUUGAGUUGCCACGGCAACCGAGGCGGCACACAAAGUCGGACGCCUGCAUGACUCGGAGUGAAACAAAUGUCAGGCCAGACGUAUCUGGAUCAAUGUGGGCACACCCUCCCUGUUGUUUUUCUUCCCUUUUUCCUCCCAUCUCCCAUAACUCUCCAGAGCCCUCCACCAGUCCAGCACAGUGUUGUAGAGCAGACCCUCGGCAGGAGGAACAGGGUAGCAUGAGCGGUGCCUGAUAGAGGGGAUCCCUUCUGGGCUUUAAGUAACAUUCAGGUUGGAAUCUAUGCAGGGAUCUCUAUUAUUGGUUGUUUGUUUUUGUUUUUUUUUAAAUCUGUGUUGCUGUGUUUCAUGUUCGGUUUUUCAGCUCUGACUGAAACUCAUUUGAGUGUUUUUAUGUGCGAGGAUUCGGCGUCGCGAAGCCAUGAGAGAUUGAACGACAAGAUUUUUUUUAAAACACUUUUUCUUAAUGUUGCUUUAUGGUAGUAUUAUUCUGUGUUUUUUUCUUUUUAUCCCCCUGUUUUUUAUCGUUAUUUUGUUUACUUAAAUUAGCUUUUUUUAUAUAAGCCUUUCAUUGUCUUUUUCUCCUCCGCUUAUUUGCCUGUAUCCCAAAGUUUGUAUAUGAGUGUGUGUUUACUGACUCGACUAGUAAAAGAGAUCCAGUCUGUAGUCUCUUCUGCUCUCGGCCUUUGCAGUAGGAUCAAACGUCAAUAAGAAAGGCAUCCAUAGCGAUUUUUGUCCAGCUCUACUCUUUUGCCCUGAGCUUUUCUUUUUCAUAUCUGACGAGCCCCCAGAUGCCUCGCAACCUGUGUCUUAUCGGUUAUUUUGUUGGUUCAGUGACACACAGUAGCCCUGCCAUGUAUUCCUCCAUUCAUGACCAAUGCAUCGUAUGGAUGUCUCCAAGGGAACUUAGCCUAACAUAGAAAAAUAGUUAGCCUUUCAUUGGUUGCUCUCUCAUUUACUAUUUUGGUGCAACUACAUGUUAUAAUUUUUGCCAUAGGCCUAGUUACUUUUAUCCUUUUUUUUGUACUUAUAAAAAUGAAAUACAAAGUGAAUGUGCAAUAUUUAUACUCAAAUUUUAAACUAAAGUAUGUAGGAAGGAAGAACGUACAGACAACAGCCCCUCCAUAGUGUAUGAAUGUUUAGGCCUGUUACUCAUCAGUAGAAAUAUAAGCAUAGGAACACGUGUAGGAAAGGAGAGAACAGUAGAGACACACUGAUAAGGAAGUCUAGAUGUAGCCCAUUUGAACGUACUGUGCUUAAACAAUGUAAUGUUCUUGAAGACUGUAACGUUGAAAAAUUGAUAUUGGCAUUAUAGAAAUCGCAUGUUUUAAAAGUGUGCAACUGUACCAAAGUAUUGGGAUAUAUAUUUGAGAAACAAAGAGCGAUAGCGAAAUGCAUUCCAGUCGGAACAACUGAAGAAACAUCUUAUGAAGACUUAUUUAACUGUGUAUCAUAAUCUCACUUGAAACACUGAAGAGUGCAAAUACCAUUUCUGUAGCUUCAAAUUGGUUUAUGUGUAUGAUACUGUAUGUGCAAUGUAUAUAAAAAACAGUCUACAGAAUUUGCCAACUGCCAUUUAUUUGAGCUCAUGUGUAACAUAUGUUAAUUACUGUAGGUUUUCAGAUUAGUGGUAAUAUUCUCUGAAAGGCAUCAGAUGAGCAACCCUACAGUGCUAUCACUGCUUCAGUCUUUCUUUUCUUAUUAAGUUCAUGGACUGAAGACAAAAUGAUUAGUGGUCCUUUUUAAGGGUGGCAUCUUUCUCGCAGCCACCGUUGAAUGCAAAUCCUGCUUUUGCUCGUACUGAAGAAACAUAGUAUUAAUAAAGGUACAGUCAGGUACUCUAACGACUUCUCCCAUCAGAUGUCUACUAGCUUAAUACCGGAGGGUUAUUUUAGCAUGUAAAGUUUUCCAAUACUGUCAAAAUCAAGUGGGAGCCCAUUCCUCCCAUCCUGUUUUUUUAUAACAUUUCUCUCCUGACGUUUCAGUGAAAAGUCAGUAGCUUACUGUGCUGUUUGCUGCUUUCCCUCUGCCUGGCUAGAGGUGGCUAGUUGCCUUCUGACACACAUGAGCUGUCAUCAUGGGUCUUAAGAAUGUGAAGCAUUCCCCGCAUCAUGUUGAUAGCACACACUGUGUCCUACUAACAAACAUCCAUUUUCACUAAUGGCAAGGCAAAGACAGUGGGUGGUGCAAAGAUGAAUUCCAUUUCUGCUGUUUUCACUUGCAUUGUAAAUAGGUUGGGAAGGGAGGUAUCAAUGAUCAAAGUUCAUGUAAAACUACCAAUAAUUGUACAGGUGAAAAGCCUCCUAUUAACAUAUUUAAUAAUCUUUGUUACUGACCGGUUUUUCAGGUCUCCUCCUUUGUUUUGUGUGGUUAAGUGGCCCUGUGAGCCGGGCCACUUGCAAGUGUCUCCUUCCUUUAUUUAUUUGUGAUUUGGCCUUGAAAAUUAUGUAAUGAAAUAAAAAGUUUGUGUU